AUGAGCGAAACAAGUUUAGUAUCAUAUUCUGAUAGAGAAAUGGAGUCUUCUCUUAAGGAUAUAUUAGAACGUAUGCUUAUGUAAUUAGAGAAAUAUAUUGAAACAAAAAAUGAUUUGAAUGAAGUUGAAUAAGAAUUGAAAGAUUAUGAAAAUUUAACUCAAUUGGUGAAUAUCAUAAAAAUAAUCUUUACUAAUUUGAUGUUGAAGAUUGAGAAAAAAAUUCAGUAAGCAUUUAAAAUAUGAAAGGUAAUUAGAAAAAAGCAUAGAUCCAGCUACGUCAUAAAAAAGCAUAAGAACAGAAGAUGAGUAUGAAAAAUUAGAAUAAUCAGUUAUUAAAUAUGAGAGUGAGAUAAGGAAUCAUAUUGGGGUAAUAAUUUAGUAUUAUUUGAACUAAGUUAGAAUAAUAAUUAAAAUUAUAUGCAGAAUCAAUCCAAUCAAAAUUGGAAGAAAGUGAAGCAACAAGAAAUGAAUUGUUAGAAACAACUAAAGUUAUAAUGAAUGUAUAUUGAAUAAAAAUGUUAUAUUAGAAUUUGAAAAGAGAGAAUCAAAAAUAUUAUGAAGAAAAUUAAUUUUUAAACGCAGAAAUAGUAUCUUACAAAGAAAAAAUCAAAUUAUUAGAAUUUGAAUAAUAAAAGAAAACUAUAGAACUGGAUCAAGUAGACUAUGAAGUUUAACAAAUAACUAAAAAUACUUAAUAAAUAAAAGGCUUGGUUUAAAAGAAGCCUAAUAAUAGAGAAACUAAUAAGACUAAUUCUUAUUCAGAACAUAAAUUAAGUAGUUAAUUAUAGGAAAGUACUGAUUACCCAACUUAAUCUUAAGGGUCUUUGAAAUAAAAUUAUUUCAAUAUUCUAUAAUAUGGUUAGAAUCAUCAAAUUCAAUCUUUGUAACAAUCAAUUUAGCAAUAAGAUUAAAUAAAAAAUUAUCAUAUCAAACAUAACUCUAUAUCUUCAAUAAAUGAUAUAAUAUAAUAAUAGAAUGCAAUUAAACACAUCAAAACACAUAUUGGAAAUUACACUGCAUCAAAAAACAAUUCACAAAACUCAAAUAUUUUACAGAAAAAUAUCUAUUGUAAAAUAUAAAUCAUCUUUUAUAGAAAAUAUAUAGACAUAGCCAAGAAGCCGAAGUGGAAGUACAAAAAGAAACAUCAAUUAAAAAUAGAAGACAUCUAUUCAUUAAUGA